AUGUUUUUCCCAGUUUCUCGCACAGUUCUGGAAAACAUAGUGCUUUGCGCAUAUGGAGGUUUUGUGAAAGCUCGUAUGCGGCGCCUCACGGAUGACGAUAAACUGAACUUAGGGACGACAGUCGGAUACUGGUUGGGUGCCGCCGUAGCCGCAUCAUCCAUACGGGUCGGACUUGUACUCACAACUCGAGGAUGGCCUGAUCUCGAGAUGAGAACGAAGCUGCAAGAAGAGGCCUGCUAG